CGCCUUGUUUUUGCACAGCGCUGGUUGCAGGAGGCGGGAUUUAUAGUCGCCCUCAGGGGUGGGUGCGGGAGGUUGUUUUAUUUACCACCACACUAUCUCCUGUCCGUCGCUUGUAUGGCGCCCGGCAGGCUGUGGCGAAAGGUGGCCUAUGCCGCCGUGGGUUCGGUGGUUGGCCUGUCCGCUUUCUUCUGCUGGAGCAUCGCCUUCAGGCAGCCGGCUACCGCCGCCUUCGGGGGCCUGUCAGGAGUUCUGGCCAUCUGGAGCUUGGUCACACACGUGAUGUACGCCCAGGACAUGUGGAGGACCUGGCUGAAAGGUCUGACAGGCUUCCUAGCCGUGGGCGUGUUCUUCGGACUGCUGGCCCUGGCAGGAUUCAUCGCCUUCCUGUCGCUGGCAAUCUGUCGGAAGGAGAGUAUCCUGGAUCCCUGCAGUCACUACCUGACCUGUGUGUGGUGUGUGAUGACCCUGAAGUGGGCGUCAAUCCUCUCCUUCUACGCCCACCGAUACAGCCGAGAGUUCGCCGACAUCCGCAUCCUCAGUGACUUCUGAGCCCCAUCCCCCGUGGGAUCUUUCUGUUGUCUGGAUCGUUUGGAGGGGUGGGGGACAUGUUUAGCCUCUGUCUGUGUUGGGACGAUGAGGGUUGUUGUCCACUGUGAGGAGGGGUUCACUACCCUCCUUUCUUUUCCUUCUCACACCCACCACUCCUCAUUCCAUCUCUUGCUCUCCAUCCUUUUCCCUCAUUUUCUUCCUCUACUUUUGUAUCUCUCCAACACCCGGUGAUUUCCAACGUCCCCAUUCAGUGUCCCCCUUAACCUCCCCAACACCCGGUGAUUUCCAACGUCCCCAUUCAGUGUCCCCAUUAACCUCCCCGACACCCGGUGAUUUCCAACGUCCCCAUUCAGUGUCCCCCUUAACCUCCCCAACACCCGGUGAUCUCCAACGUCCCCAUUAACCUCCCCAACACCCGGUGAUUUCCAACGUCCCCAUUCAGUGUCCCCCUUAACCUGCCCAACACCCGGUGAUUUCCAACGUCCCCAUUCAGUGUCCCCAUUAACCUCCCCGACACCCGGUGAUUUCCAACGUCCCCAUUCAGUGUCCCCCUCAACCUCCCCAACACCCGGUGAUUUCCAACGUCCCCAUUCAGUGUCCCCCUUAACCUCCCCGACACCCGGUGAUUUCCAACGUCCCCAUUAACCUCCCCAACACCCGGUGAUUUCCAACGUCCCCAUUCAGUGUCCCCAUUAACCUCCCCAACACCCGGUGAUUUCCAACGUCCCCAUUAACCUCCCCAACACCUGGUGAUUUCCAACGUCCCCAUUAACCUCCCCAACACCCGGUGAUUUCCAACGUCCCCAUUAACCUCCCCAACACCCGGUGAUUUCCAACGUCCCCAUUCAGUGUCCCCCUUCCCCUCCCCAACACCCGGUGAUUUCCAACGUCCCCAUUCAGUGUCCCCAUUAAACUCCCCAACACCCGGUGAUUUCCAACGUCCCCAUUCAGUGUCCCCAUUAAACUCCCCAACACCCGGUGAUUUCCAACGUCCCCAUUAACCUCCCCAACACCCGGUGAUUUCCAACGUCCCCAUUCAGUGUCCCCCUUCCCCUCCCCAACACCCGGUGAUUUCCAACGUCCCCAUUCAGUGUCCCCAUUAAACUCCCCAACACCCGGUGAUUUCCAACGUCCCCAUUCAGUGUCCCCAUUAAACUCCCCAACACCCGGUGAUUUCCAACGUCCCCAUUCAGUCUCCCCAUUAACCUCUCAAACACCCGGUAAUUUCCAACAUCCCCAUUCAGUGUCCCCCUUAACCUCCCCAACACCCGGUAAUUUCCAACGUCAUCAUUCAGUGUCCCCCUCAACCUCCCCAACACCCGGUGAUCUCCAACGUCCCCAUUAACCUCCCCAACACCCGGUGAUUUCCAACGUCCCCAUUCAGUGUCCCCAUUAACCUCCCCGACACCCGGUGAUCUCCAACGUCCCCAUUAACCUCCCCAACACCCGGUGAUUUCCAACAUCCCCAUUCAGUCUCCCCAUUAACCUCCCCAACACCCGGUAAUUUCCAACGUCCUCCUUAACCUCCCCAACACCCGUGUCUCUGUCUCUGUCUCUCUCUCUCAUAUAUGUGUGUUUGUAUCUGCACAUUUCCUCAUUAUCUCUGUCUGUCCAUCUUUCUCUAUUUUUCUCUCUCUCUCUUUGUUUCUCUCAUGUUUCCAAAAGGUAUCUACUGUGAAAGAGAGGGAGAGGCAGUUAUGGAAUGAGGGACAGGGUGAGCGAGGGCAGGAUGGAGUGAGGAAGGAGAGGGAAGAGAAAUGGAGAGAGAGGAGAAAAAGAGAGGAGAGAUGGAGAAAAUGGAGAAAUUGACAGAGAGCUGGAAGGGGUCAGCAGAGGGAGAGAGAGAGAGAAUAAGAAAUUCCUUGGUUAUUGCAAUGUAUGUUACUCUAGACUUCCAGUAUAUGCAAAAUUUCUUGUUUACAUCUAACCAAAAUGAUUUUCCACAAAUACAACUAACUGAACGCAUAUCGUUCUAUGUAAUUGGCUAUAUAUAUUACCAUAAUACCUGUUCUAUUCAGAAUGCAACAAUGUUUCUGCAGACUUAUUAUAAAAUGUAAAUAGGGUUUACCUGUGCCCAGUGCAUUAUUUAAUUAAAAUUUCAUAUGUUAUUCAUUGGGUUUGGUAAAGAGAAAGCAAGUUAAUGUGUAGUGGUUUGAGUUUUAUUUCUUCUUGUGGAACAUCCGUUCAGUUAUGCAAUUAGUAACUUGAAAAUGUUCUCAAAUUUCUGAUUCCCAUUUGUCACAUUUGGUGUUGUGAGUUCCAACGACUUGAUUGUGUCAAUUUAUAAGGGUACACAUGGAAGAAUUUUGUGGAAUUGGGAAUUAGAGAUCAGGCUGAAAUCUAAACCUCCACUCUGCAUUCAAAGGCUAGCGCCAUGGAUGUGGUACAUCUGUCAUCAGAUAUUAUACUAGUGUGGGUGGGGGGGGGCAUUGCUGGUGGUCCCCCAGGUUCAGCAAUUUGUCUGCGGGUUGCAGAGUCAGAGUUCCAUGUGGGCAGGAAGAAUGAGGUCUGAUAAUCCCCUCUGUUCGCGAAUCGCUGAGACCAGAGUUUGAGGCCAAGUGUUUGGGGUCACAUCAUAGGUGAGUCCAGAGAUCGAGGCCUUCGAAUAGGUGAUCUUGCAGUUGACACUGAGGAUUGAAUCAGAAGUUUGGACAUCGAGCCUGAUUCUGCGAAUCUCUGCAAGUCCGCUGCAGAAUGAGUCUGCCUCUCCUGGGAUUGGAGGACUGUAUGUGCGUGGAAGGAAUGGGGCUUGUUCUGUUCUCUCAGGCAUUGUGGGCAUGCUGUAUUGGCGCCACGAUGCGCGGUGACACUUGCGGGCAGCUGCAGUUGGUUGUUAACAGAAAUGACGCAUUUCACUGUAUGUUUCAAUGUACACGUGAUAAAUAAAUUUGAAUCUCUAAUCUGGAUUAUUAGUCUGGCAUUUUU